UUUGCGAGCGGAACGGCGCGGCGCGAGCCGGAUCAGGAGCUGUAGCGGGAGCGGGGCCUCCUGGCAGGUCGCCGCCGCCGCUGCCGCCGCCCGCAGACCCGCCACCGACCUGGCCUGGGAGCCUGCUGUACCGCGGCGGGCGACAGCGCAGCGCUCCCCGGGCUGCAGGCGCGGCCCUUGGGCCCCCGCACGGCGCCGGGCCGCGGGCCUCCUGGGGCUCCAGCCCGGCCGCAGCCGCCGCGAUGGCCCUUAAGAUGGUCAAGGGCAGCAUCGACCGCAUGUUCGACAAGAACUUGCAGGACCUGGUGCGCGGCAUCCGCAACCACAAGGAGGACGAGGCAAAAUAUAUCUCUCAGUGCAUUGAUGAAAUCAAGCAAGAACUGAAGCAAGACAACAUCGCAGUGAAAGCCAACGCUGUGUGCAAGCUGACCUAUUUACAAAUGCUAGGCUACGACAUCAGCUGGGCCGCCUUCAACAUCAUCGAAGUGAUGAGCGCUUCCAAAUUCACGUUCAAGCGCAUCGGCUACCUCGCUGCUUCCCAGUGUUUUCACGAGGGCACUGACGUCAUCAUGCUGACCACAAACCAGAUCCGCAAGGACCUGAGCAGCCCCAGCCAGUACGACACCGGCGUUGCACUGACUGGCCUGUCCUGUUUUGUUACCCCAGAUCUAGCCAGGGACUUGGCCAACGACAUCAUGACACUGAUGUCCCACACCAAGCCGUACAUCCGGAAGAAGGCCGUGCUGAUCAUGUACAAGGUCUUCCUGAAGUACCCCGAAUCGCUGCGCCCUGCCUUCCCCCGCCUGAAGGAGAAGCUAGAGGACCCCGACCCCGGGGUCCAGUCAGCAGCAGUCAACGUCAUCUGUGAGCUGGCCCGACGCAACCCUAAAAACUACCUUUCCCUCGCCCCGCUGUUUUUCAAGUUGAUGACCUCUUCAACCAACAACUGGGUCCUCAUUAAAAUCAUCAAACUGUUUGGUGCUCUGACCCCCUUGGAACCAAGGUUGGGCAAGAAGCUAAUCGAACCUCUCACCAACCUGAUCCACAGCACAUCUGCCAUGUCCCUUCUCUACGAGUGUGUGAACACCGUGAUCGCAGUCCUCAUCUCGCUGUCAUCCGGCAUGCCCAACCACAGUGCCAGCAUCCAGCUUUGUGUUCAGAAGUUAAGGAUAUUGAUAGAAGACUCCGAUCAGAACUUGAAGUACUUGGGUCUGUUGGCCAUGUCCAAGAUCCUGAGGACGCACCCCAAGUCCGUGCAGGCCCACAAGGAUCUGGUCCUGCAGUGUCUGGAUGACAAGGAUGAGUCCAUCCGCCUGAGGGCCCUCGACCUCCUGUAUGGGAUGGUGUCCAAGAAGAACCUGAUGGAGAUUGUCAAAAAGCUGAUGACCCACGUGGAUAAGGCUGAGGGCACCACGUACCGAGAUGAGCUGCUCACCAAGAUCAUCGACAUCUGCAGCCAGUCCAACUACCAGCACAUCACCAACUUCGAGUGGUACAUCAGUAUCCUUGUGGAGCUGACCCGGCUGGAGGGCACCCGCCACGGCCACCUCAUCGCCGCUCAGAUGCUAGACGUGGCCAUCCGCGUGAAGGCCAUCCGCAGGUUCGCCGUGUCACAGAUGUCCGCGCUGCUCGACAGCGCUCACCUGGUGACCAGCAACACCCAGCGCAACGGCAUCUGCGAAGUGCUGUACGCCGCCGCCUGGAUCUGUGGCGAGUUCUCAGAGCACCUGGAGGAGCCCCACCAGACCCUCGAGGCCAUGCUGCGACCCAAGGUCACCACUCUGCCUGGCCACAUCCAGGCUGUGUAUGUGCAGAAUGUGGUCAAGCUGUACGCGUCCAUCCUGCAGCAGAAGGAGCAGGCUGCCGAGGUGGACGCGGCCCAGGAGGUCACCCAGCUCAUGGUGGAGCGGCUGCCCCAGUUCGUGCAGAGCGCAGACCUGGAGGUCCAGGAGCGGGCGUCCUGCAUCCUGCAGUUGGUCAAACACAUCCAGAAGCUGCAGGCAAAGGAGGUGCCCGUGGCGGAGGAAGUCAGCGCCCUGUUUGCUGGGGAGCUGAACCCAGUGGCUCCCAAGGCACAGAAGAAAGUUCCAAUUCCCGAAGGCCUGGACCUGGAUGCCUGGAUCAACGAGCCGCCCUCGGACAGUGAGUCUGAGGACGAGAAGCCCAAGGCCAUCUUCCACGAGGAGGAGCAGCGACAUGCCAAGCAGCAGCCGCCUGAGGUGGACGAGGAAGAGCUGGCCCGGCGUCGAGAGGCCCGGAAGCAGGAGCAGGCCAACAACCCAUUUUACAUCAAAAGUUCCCCAUCCCCCCAAAAGAGGUACCAGGACAUGCCAGGCGUGGAGCACAUACCUGUGGUGCGAAUCGACCUCUCGGUGCCCCUGAAAGUACCAGGCAUGCCCAUGUCCGACCAGUACGUGAAACUGGAGGAGGAGCGGCGGCAUCGGCAGCGCUUGGAAAAGGACAAGAAGAGGAAGAAGAAGAAGGACAAGGAGAAGCGGGGCAAGGCGCGGCGCCACAGCUCGCUGCACACAGAGAGUGAUGAGGACAUCGCUCCAGCCCAGCGGGUGGACAUUGUCACGGAGGAGAUGCCCGAGAACGCUCUGCCCAGUGACGAGGACGACAAAGAUGUCAAUGACCCCUACAGGGCUCUGGACAUUGACUUGGAUAAGCCCCUAGCCGACAGUGAGAAGCUGCCCAUCCAGAAACACCGCAAUGCUGAGACGUCCAAAUCCCCUGAGAAGGAUGCUGUCCCUGUUGUGGAAAAGAAGAGCAAGAAACCCAAGAAGAAGGAGAAGAAGCAUAAAGAAAAGGAACGGGAGAAGAAGCGGGAGAGCGAGAAGAAGGCUGAGGACCUGGACUUCUGGCUGUCCACCACACCGCCACCUGCUGCUGCCCCAGCCCCAACUGUGGAAGAGCCCGAGGGGAACAGCGCCUUUGUCCCUGCAAAGGAAGGACACAAGGGACCCAGCAAAGAGCAGCAGUACGAGGAGGAGGAGGAGGACGACGAUGACCCCGACAAGAAAUCUAAGCAUAAGAAGAAGAAGCACAAGAAGAAGGAAGAGCGAUCCAAGGACAAGAAGAAAUCCAAGAAAAAAAAGCCUCUGAGUGAUGACGCUCCGGGGCCUGUGGAGAAUGGUGCGGUGGAGGAGGAGCCGCUCCCGCCCAUGUCCAGCUACUGCCUCCUGGCCGAAAAUUCUUACAUUAAGAUGACAUAUGACGUGCAGGGCAGCCUGCAGAAGGACAGUCAGGUGACCGUGUCUGUGGUCCUGGAGAACCGGAGCGACAGCUUCCUGAGGAACAUGGAGCUCAGUGUUCUGGACUCCCUCAACGCCAAGCUGGCCCGGCCGGAGGGCGCCUCCGUGCACGACGGCAUCCCUGUGCCUUUCCAGCUGCCCCCAGGCAUCUCCAACGAAGCCCAGCUUGUGUUCACCGUUCAGAGCAUCGUCAUGGCCCAGAAACUCAAGGGGACCCUGUCCUUCAUCGCCAAGAACGAUGAGGGCUCCACCCACGAGAAGCUCGACUUCACGCUGCUCUUCCGCUGCACCUCGUACAUGGUCACCACGCCGUGCUACAGCGAUGCCUUCGCCAAGUUGCUGGAGUCUGGAGACCUGAGUAUGAGCUCCGUCAAAGUUGAUGGCAUCACCAUGUCCUUCCACAACCUCCUGGCAAAGAUCUGUUUUCACCACCAUUUUUCCGUUGUAGAGCGGGUGGACUCCUGCGCCUCCAUGUACAGCCGCUCCAUCCAGGGCCACCAUGUCUGCCUCCUGGUGAAGAAGGGCGAGAAGUCCGUGUCCGUGGACGGGAAGUGCAGCGACUCCACGCUGCUGAGCAACCUGCUGGAGGAGAUGAAAGCGACGCUGGCCCAGUGCUGAGCGCGGCCCCGACCGCGCCGCAGCCCCGCCGGAAGGUGGCUUCCGUGUGUGCGGUUCCUGUCGCAUGUGCUGUGCCAGCCGUGCGUUAAGCCCACUGUCGUCCCCAGCAGACGUUCAGGUUACGUGUUUCCUUGAUCGCUGUCAUCUUUCUCACUUUGACUCUUCCCACUCUUUGGCAAGAAGCCCUGUUCGGUCCCCCAGUCCACGGGCUCCUGUAGCCAGGGCGGACUGCUCCCGGCGUGGGGGGCCGCCACCCCGGCCAGCUCCUGGGGGCCUAGGGUAGGUGCUUCAGUGGGUAGGACAGGCUCCCCACACAUUUGCUUCUGUGAAGUUGUCCAGGUCCCACAGUCCCCCCACAUAGCCUGCCCGGCAGCAUAAGGGGGGUGAAGAGGGACUGGAAGUCACCUCGCAGCUGCAGGUCGGUCUUGGUGUCCCCAGGAGUUUGGUGGGAAACAGCAGGCUAUCGUCCAUCGUGCUCUCCACCUCACCCCUCAUGUUCGUCUGCCACGGAAGGAUCUCAGUGGAUGCCCGGCGGGUGUCGCCGCGGGGAGGGAAUCCACAGACCCCCGUCAGAGCUGACCUCAUUGGUUUUUGUUGUCCUCAUUCAUAGUGUGUUUGUCUGUCCGUGUUGUUGGGGUGCGUGCCAGAGUGCUUGGGCUCCCCGUCUCCUUUGGUAACAGAACACUCCACAGGGCUGUCCUCGCAUUGCGCCACAGCAGCCGGAGGGCCCUGCCCGGCCCACGUCCUCCCGGUGAGGCACGUGUGUCCACGGCAGCCUGGCCAAUGUGCGCCUCAUGGGCUGGCGGGGGGUGGUGGUUGGGGGGCCCCAAGCGGCCCGGCCUUCCCCACCCGUGAGACAGAACCUUCCUCAGAUGAUGGUCCUCAAUGACGUUUUAGCUUUUUCCUUUUGAUGAAAACUGUCACUUUAGCAUGUAAUCUAUUACAGAAUCCUGUGCAGUGAUUCUAGAGUAUCAAAAUUGUAUGAUGUGUUAUAUAAGAAUUUGCUAUCAACAUUCCUGUAUAAAGGAGAGAGAUAUCACGUUCUGUCAUGAUUUUGUGUCCAGAUGAGCCAAUAAACUUGCAAAAACAGA